UGGAAAUCUGCCCUGAGUGACUGUCACAGCGCCAACUCCUAGGUCUGGGAUGACCUUCAGGCCGCCGUCAAGAGCCGGAAGGGCGGCUUUGGCAGCACGUACUAGAUCGAAGGGAGCGCCCGACUCAAGCCAUCCCACUCAGGACAGCCCGGGACCCAGUGGAGAGAAAGAGAUGGUAGAGAUUCCAGAGGAUGACGAGGACGAGGAUGAAAAGUUGAGGAAGGAAGAGGACGAGAAGGCUGAAGAGAGAGUCAAAAAGAGGGGCGCCAAAGCGAGCGCUGAUAAAGAGCAGGAGGGAAAGAAGAGAAAGUAUAAGGUCAGAAUGGAGGAGGGGUUUGACGUGGAAGAAAUGGUCGAUCAACUCCUUGAGGGCCAUAACGACCUAAUGAACUUAAAGGAUAUCCUCGCUUCCGCUCCAAAAUUGAGGGACGAGCUAAAGGCUCGAUUGUCCAGAAGGUUAGUAGCAAGUGUGCGCUUGUGGGCAGAGACAGGCACGAAGAUGGAUUGGAAGUCCGUCGCUUGUGGAUGCUUGGACAUAGUAGUAAAAGGAAAAACGUGCACGACAAUGGUGGAUACUGGGGCGGAAAUGAACCUCAUAAAAGAGGAGCAUGCUUUACGCCUGGGGAUGGAGAUUGAUCGCUCCGAUAAUGGAGUUUUAAUGGGAGCGAAUAGUCGGUCUGUGUUCAUAGGGACCGCAUCGAGAGUGGUUUUGGAGAUUGGCAAGGUUAAAGUGAGAAGCUGUUUCUUUGUGAUGCCCGAUCUUGACCAUCCCAUCCUAUUGGGCCGAUCCUUUUUGAGCCGAACGGAGAUCGUCAUACUGAAUAAGCAUGAUGGGACAAUGUUCCUCGUCUUAUGUGACCCGGUAUGUGGCAACUAUGAGGUUAUCACAUGCAAAAAUACGGGGCUACGAAGUAUAAGGAAUAGGCCCAAUCUUGACUCUUUCACGAUUGAGGAAUCGGAAGAAGAAAGGAAGAGGCUAGGAGGAGAUGAGUUUGAAGAAGAAAGGAGUCCGGAAGCACUGACUCUUAGCCUGACCAAUAUAGGCGAUGCUAUGGACAUAGUGUCAACCUAUGGGAUGGCGGACAUGGAGGUCGUAGAGGCCUUGAGAGAAAAGGUGAUGGAACAGAUGGGUGAAGGAGAGGUGGAGCUGGUAGAAGGGCACGAGAGGUCGAUAGGUGGGAUAUACCUCUUGGCAAAUGCUCUGCUUCAAGACGAGGUGGCAAGGAUUGGGGAUCAGCGGCAAGGUGAGAAUGAGAAUGUAGUUCACAAAGGAGAGGACGACGAUUUUGAAGAGGGAGAGAUAAAAGAGGCUUUUCGCACGGAGGAGUAUGACGGGAUAUAUCUAGAAUUAGGAAUGCUCCUUUCGUUGGAAAUGAGAGAAAGAGAUGCGUGCGAGUUUGUGGCAUCGCUCGUCAGAUCGACGCUUGACACCAAUUUUUGGGCAGCCAUGCCAAGAGGGAGGGGAGGGGCAGGGCCAGUGGAGACCCCUCUGGGGGUUACCAGACAGGGGACGCAGAUGAGGGCCAGGAGAGAGGACAGGUCACCCAUUUAUAUAGGAGACAACGUUAAGCUGUUCAUGGUUGGGUUCAAAAGGCACGGUCAUGAGUUUGGAUGGGAUAGUAGGAGGCUGCUGCAGGAGGUGCAAGGAGCAGGCGAGUGGGCACAGCCCCUUGCCAACUUCGUCAGGGAGUCAUUGACCUGGCAGGAUUUUGAGAGGAAGAUGGAGGGCUUGCACCCAUCGCCAUUAGGAAGGGAUGGACAACCCAUCCGUUUCGAUGUCACUAACCUGUGGGAAUUCCUGAAGGGCUACGACGAGUUUGCAGAUAGCAUCAAUGAGCCACCAAGCCAGAGGAAGGAGUUGGAGAGGCAGGACAAGGAGAUGGAAGCCAUGAAGACUGAGGUGGAGAAGGCCUGGGGAGGCAACGAGGCCAUCAGACAGGUCAACCAGACCCUUAACAAGGUCAAUGACAAUCUGAGGGCCUACUUGCAGAUACAACAGAAUACCUUUCAAGUAAAGGAGGCGAAGUGGGAAAAGAGAAUCAUGGACCUUGAGGCCAAGUGUGCACAGCAGGCACCUACUGCAGUGGUAGACUGGACAGAGGUCCAGAGGUUUGAGAUCAGGAAGCAACCUGCAAAAGAGGUCUUCAAGUGUCAGAAGGUGGAAGUGAGGGCAAACGAACAGAAGGAUGAGGAAAUCCCCCUGCUAGAUAAAGAGAUGUUGCAGACUGAGGACGCCCUAGCAAGGAUGAAGUCAGGAGCCGGGGGGUUUGAGUGGAGGAUGCCCACAGUCUUGGCACAUGAGGCGAGGCCACCAUCAGAGGAUGCGAUGGAUGAGGCUGCACUUUCCAUGACUCAGGAGGAGACUGUGGGGAGACAGGAGGUUCAGGAGAGUGUGGGACAGGCCAUGGCUGAGGCUGAGGAGAGAGAGGAGCGGGAGGUCUCUCAGAAGACCCCACCAUCUCAGGAUAUGCCUCUAGUUGCAGGUGGAACGUGUACGGUGCAAUACUUACGACGAUGGCACCCGAAAGGUACACGGGACGAACGUGAACUCACCAAGAUCUUGCGCAAUCCUACACGGAUCGAGGAGUGGAAGAACAAGGAUGCAGCCGAGUUAUUCAGAUUAUACCGCGGGGCGAAAAGUUUCCAGAAGAAAUUGACAAGAUCAUACCUACGGAGGUUAGUGUCACGAACAAUCAAGAAUGCGACUGGUUGGGUGAUGGGAGCACAUGUUAACGUGAAGCUGAAAUACAACGAUCGGGUGAAAGUUGUUGAAGUACGGAAGCUAACAAAUGACAAGCUGUUGGAACUGGAUUUACCUACUUGUAUGAUGAGACGAGCACGUAGCAAGUUAAAGAUCGUUUGGACUAGCAACCCAACGGUGUCAGAUUUGCUACACAAUCAGAAGACUUUCGCUCACGCGGAUGUCUGCACCUGCACAUGUGCGGGGUUACCCUAUCCAAGGAUAGGAGACCAUGUGCGGUUUCGUCUUCAGGAGUUGGGAGACAUCGAUCCGACGUUAUGCAACGCUAAGAACGUCCCAAGAGCUUCACUCCCCAACCGAUCAAAGUUACUACAAGAAGAGAUCGAAGAAGCAUUUGGCACAUGGCAAAAUCAGGGCGCGAAGAUGAUUCAGAUAUCUGAACAUGAAGCGGAACGAUGCAUGAUGAACAAUAAUAAUACCGAUACGAGGUUUCUGGACGUGACAACCGUGAUGAAGCUUCGAGAACGGCUGGACGGGUUGAUCUGUACACCUCUGGACAGGAACACGGGAGAGACGCUAGUUCUUUGCCCGCUGCUGUAUCAUGAGGCAAUGAUGACAACUUUUGUCUGUAAUACGGGCAAUCGGAUCAUGGACUGUGAUGAAUCCACUAUUUUGGCAAUGAUGAAGGCGGACGUAGGGGUACACGAUCUGAGGGGCUUCGUCAAGAUGGAGAAGAAAGGGACCCUCGACCGAGCAUAUGUUCAACCGAAUCAUAAGGACUUGGAUCGAUACCGACCGAUCUGCCCUUCUUACUGUGAACCGACAGUACGUACAUCAAGAGUGGCGGCGAAAGCUUUAAAUCAUGUACUGUUCGCCAUGCCAGAGUCCUGGCAUUUUAACACGAAGGCGGGAUCGGACCUCGUACCACGAAUUGACAAGAUAAAUAAGAAGAUUCAGAAGAUUCGGAGAGGAGACAGUCUGGUGUCCUCGAUGUCGUACGACAUCAAGGACAUGUUCAGUAAACUGCCACAUGAGAAUAUCAUGGAAGCAUUGAAUUGGAUCAUUGACUACUUCGUCUCGAAGGGCAAGAGGAUGGUGCGAGUAAACCCACGUGGGAAGGGAAGCAGCUUUGGCCAGACGACGGGAGCAGACCAUUGGCAGACGAUCGAUCUGGAGACACUCAAAAGGUUCGUUGAAUUCGACUUGAAGCACACGUAUACCACGGCUACCGGUGUUAUCCUGAAGCAGGAGGUCGGCAUUCCCAUGGGGAAAAGCACGAGUCCUCCGCUAGCAUGCAUUAUGUGUGCUUACGCCGCGGUCAAUUUCAUUUCGAGUCUGGGACAUGCUAGGUCCAAGGUGUUUGGCAUCAGAUUGAUUGAUGACGUGAGUUUGAUCACUGUGACAAAGAAGGACGACAAGGAAAAUGCGAACCAUAUCAGAGAGCAAUUUGAACACUGCUACCCAAGUAAUCUCACUCUUAAAAGAACGGAUGAUGGCGGUGGUAAAUGGGAGUUUUUGGGAUUGGAGAUGAGACAGCGGAAUACAUUUCCGUAUGUUGAGAGCGUUCAGUUGUCCAAGAACGAGCGAUCGGUUUGGACGGAUGAAGGGCUCGAGUUCAAGAAUGGACAGAGUUACAGAUCGUGGGGAAGCAAAGGACACAAGAGCGCAGUAAUAACCAGCCGCUUACAUAGGAUCGACAGAAACACGACGGUGAGGAGUGAGUUCCCAGACAGGGUGUUAACUGUGAGUCGGGAAUUGAGGUUGAUGGAGUUCCCUACGGAGUUCUUUCUUCGAGUUCUGAAGAGGUUCGCAACUGGCAGAGAACCCAUUUGGCAACAUAUCUGGACUUGGCUGUCUAGUGACGUAUCAUUCUGUUUUUAGAACAAGUAGUAGUAGUAGUAGAUUCUUAGUCGCUUUUCGUCUGAGGUUUUAGAAUGGUUCACCCGUGACGACUAGUGUAGGCUUCGAUCUUACAGUGGGUGGUUUACCAUCAGGCUAGGCGUUGAACAUUAAUCCGCUGUUUUUGUUUUUUUGGUGGUCCCGAUUUUUUCUGUAUCAGUUUUUCUUUUUUCUGUUUUCAAGUUCUAUUGUUUUUCAGUACCAGCUUCGAGAUGAGGCCAAGGGACAGGCCGUGUUAUGGACCGUAGGAGUAGGUUGAGUCUGACUCACGACUAUUCCGGUACUAUAUCAACAAUCAUUGAAUGGUCUACAAUCCUCUUUGGGACCGGUAAUGAACGGCCUCCACCAGU